AUGGAUGAAGGAACUUUAGUUAGGCUAUCACCACUGAGGCCUGGGGGAGGCGGCGGCGGUGGUGGUGGUGGCGGCUUGAAGUCACCAUCGUCGGGGAAAUUAACUCCGAGGGGUUCCCCCUCUUUCAGGAGAUUAAACUCGGGCCAAACUCCUAGAAGAGACGCACGUAGCGGUGUGUUUAGCUCUCACUGUCUUAGAGGUAACCGCAUUGUCCUUUGGUUUGGGCGUACGCCGGAUUCUAUUUCCAGUCGAAAUGGGCACACGGUGACAACAAGGAAGAUCUCUUCAGCGGUGGCUAUGGCGGCGAAUCGGGCGGUGAUAAAUCCGAACCGCAGAUCAAGAAUCGGAGGAGGGAACUUAAUUGCUAAAUUCGAUUCUGCGGCAGUUGAGUUGAAAAACGAUACUAACGAGUUGAGUUUGAAUAAGAGUAUUGUGGAUGUGCCCUCGAAGAGGAGAAGUAAGAGAUCUCUACGUAGGAAGAGACCAGUUAGUAGUAAGCCAAAGGCGAUGGUUGAAGAGGAAGUGGAAAGCGAAGUUGAUUUGCAAACAGAGGAAAUAAUACCGAAGAAAAAUACGACUUACGGAUUUCUUGUGGGCCCGUUUGGAUCUGUGGAGGACUCGAUUUUGGAGUGGAGUGCUGAGAAAAGGUCGGGUACUUGUGAUAGGAAGGGAGCUUUUGCUCGUUUAGUUUGGUCAAGAAAGUUUGUUUUGAUCUUCCAUGAGCUGUCUAUGACUGGAGCUCCACUCGCCAUGACUGAAUCUUCCAUGAGCUGUCUAUGA